GUCUUCUUCGUGCUUUUUGUGGUUGCUGUAGUGUGUUUGCUGCUUGUUACUCAACCCAAAAGUUCCAAUGAAUGGUUCAAAAUAACUUAAUUUACAAAGAGGAGGAUCUGCAACUGCACGUCUCACAAAAAUGAAGCUCAAUAUAGAUGGCCUGUUGGUGUACUUUCCUUAUGACUACAUUUAUCCUGAGCAGUACUCCUACAUGCUGGAGCUGAAGAGGACACUGGAUGCAAAGGGUCAUGGAGUCCUGGAGAUGCCGUCAGGAACAGGGAAAACCAUCUCUCUGCUGUCUCUCAUCGUAGCAUAUCAAAAGGCUUUUCCCCUGGAGGUGACCAAGCUGAUAUACUGCUCAAGAACAGUUCCUGAAAUUGAGAAGGUUGUGGAGGAGUUGAGGAAGCUGAUGGAGUUUUACACAAAACAGACGGGAGAGAGCAACAACUUCCUAGCUCUGGCCCUCUCCUCCAGAAAAAAUCUCUGCAUCCACCCAGAGGUGAGCUCUCUGCGCUUCGGUAAGGAGGUAGAUGGGAAGUGCCACAGUCUGACAGCAUCGUACAUCCGUGCUCAGCGCCACAGCAACCCUGGCCAGCCGGUGUGUCGCUUCUAUGAGGAGUUUGAUUCUGUGGGCAGACAGGUUCCUCUUCCUGCUGGUAUCUACAACCUCGAUGACCUGAAGGACUUUGGCAGGAGGAAAGGCUGGUGUCCGUACUACCUGGCUCGUUAUGCAAUCCUGCAUGCUAACAUUGUGGUGUACAGCUACCACUACCUGCUGGACCCAAAGAUAGCUGACCUGGUGUCCAAAGAGCUAGCCAAGAAGUCUGUGGUGGUUUUUGAUGAGGCUCAUAACAUAGAUAAUGUUUGCAUUGACUCCAUGAGUGUGAACAUCACCAGACGAACGCUCGACCGCUGCCAGAACAACGUAGAGACGCUGCAGAACACCAUACACAAGAUAAAAGAGACAGACGCUGCUAAGUUAAAGGAGGAAUACAGGCGAUUGGUGGAGGGACUGAAGGAAGCCAAUGUUGCCAGGGAAACAGACGUUUACCUCGCAAAUCCUGUUUUACCAGACGAGAUUCUAAAAGAGGCUGUCCCUGGCACGAUUCGCACAGCAGAGCACUUUGUCGGGUUCUUGAAACGUUUCCUGGAGUAUCUGAAGUCCCGCCUGAGGGUCCAACAUGUCAUACAGGAGAGCACCCCGCAGUUCCUCAAAGAUAUUUUUGACAAAGUCUGCAUCGAUCGCAAACCACUCAGGUUCUGUGCGGAGCGUUUACAGUCAUUACUGCGAACGCUGGAGAUUGCAGACAUCGCAGACUUCUCCGCUGUUACUCUCAUCUCCAACUUUGCUACUCUGGUCAGCACCUACAGCCAAGGUUUCACCAUAAUCAUUGAGCCCUUUGAAGACAGAACUCCAACCAUUGCCAACCCUGUGCUUCACUUCAGCUGUAUGGAUCCAUCCAUAGCAAUCAAACCGGUUUUUCAGAGGUUCCAGUCAGUUAUCAUCACCUCAGGGACUCUCUCUCCACUCGACAUCUAUCCCAGAAUCCUUGACUUCCGCCCAGUGACAAUGGCGUCCUUCACCAUGACGCUGGCUCGGACUUGCCUCUGUCCAUUGAUUGUUGGCAGAGGAAACGAUCAGGUGGCACUAAGCUCAAAGUUUGAAACCAGAGAAGACUUUGCUGUGAUUCGCAACUAUGGCAACCUGCUUCUAGAGAUGUCUGCGAUCGUACCUGAUGGCAUUGUCGCAUUUUUCACCAGCUACGUCUACAUGGAAAACAUUGUGGCUUCUUGGUAUGAACAGGGAAUCUUGGAGAAUAUCCAAAGGAAUAAGCUAAUCUUUAUUGAGACUCCAGAUGCUGCAGAGACGAGCAUGGCCCUGGAGAAAUAUCAAGAGGCCUGUGAGAACGGCAGAGGAGCCAUCCUCCUGUCUGUGGCCAGAGGAAAGGUGUCUGAAGGAAUAGAUUUUGUACAUCACUUUGGCCGAGCUGUCAUCAUGUUUGGAGUGCCUUAUGUUUACACCCAGAGUCGCAUCCUUAAGGCUCGUCUGGAGUACCUCCGGGAUCAGUUUCAGAUCAGAGAAAAUGACUUUCUGACAUUUGAUGCCAUGCGUCACGCUGCUCAGUGUGUGGGCAGAGCCAUCAGAGGAAAAACCGACUAUGGACUCAUGAUUUUUGCUGACAAGCGCUACGCCCGAGCAGACAAACGUGGAAAGCUGCCUCGCUGGAUUCAGGAGCACAUUAAUGACGGCAGUCUCAAUCUCACUGUGGAUGAGACUGUGCAGCUCUCAAAGCACUUCCUGCGACAGAUGGCACAGCCUUUCAGACAGGAGGACCAGUUGGGUCUGUCUCUCUUGACUCUGGAGCAGCUGGAGUCCGAGGAGAUGCUGCAGAAAAUCACUCAGAUUGCUCAUCAGACCUGAAAGUGUCAUACAAGACUACACAAUAUCACCACCAAAGCAAUGUCUAGGAUGUGGUUGGCAGCCAUUUAAAAGAGUCAGUACUGUGUAGUACAGGUGACACAGCAGGUCCAGGAUUUUUAAACUGCCAGAUAUGCAUAGGUUUGUGUGAAAGAAAGUUUUGGGCAUUUGAGAGCUGCUGGUCUGUGUUUAGUGUUUAGUUUUUCAGGUCAUUUCAUUUCAACUGUGUUUUAUUUCAUUUGCCCAUACUUGGUAUCCAUUGCGUGACACGAGUGUGCAGGGUAUUCAAGUUUUGUUGGAAAAGAGAAAAAAAAUUGUAUUUUCAGUGUUUGCACUAAGUAUUAAGAAUUACUUCCAGAUUGUUAAUAUGGAUGGAUCCCAAAAAGAUCCUGACAAAGAAAACCUUCCUUAAAUGGAUGUCAUUUAAUAUCACAUUUAAAGUACUGCCACAUUGUGAAAGACAGUAUUUUUAAUUCCUCUUCAAACACAAAGUUAUUCACAUGAUAAGGUGUUUUCCAUAAGUAACAUGUUUUUGUUUGACACAGGUGGACCAGAUGUGUAAAACAAAGAUGUCAGCAGUCAUGAGCAGGUCAUCACUUAUGUUAUUCCAUGUGUGGGUGUAACAGCAGUCCAUAUUGUGUCUGUCAUACAGGCAAUAAUGUUAGUUUCUUUUGCUACUGCUGUAGAAAGAUGCAUUUUAUACUAAACAUGUCUAUUUGUGUAGCAUUUAUCAAAGUGUGAAAAUAAACAUUUGUAUUAA